CGUAGUCUCGCUCGCUCGUCGCCCCUUCGGCCUCCGGCCUCGCGCAGUGGCAAAGAACGCGUUCAAAGCGUGUGUUCGACUUUCUGGUAGCGCCAAACGCUACAGCGUGUCUUUAAUCAUUGAUGCAAAAGUUCCACGAUGGUUGAUCACAACGAAAAAAUAUUACAGGAAUUGCUUAAGAAACCCGGAAAUCAAGUGUGUGCAGAUUGUGGAGCCGAGGAUCCAGACUGGGCAUCAUACAACCUCGGUAUCUUCAUAUGCAUGCGAUGUGCCAGCAUACAUCGUGGAAUGGGCGCUCAUAUUAGUAAGGUCAAACACUUGGAGCUCGACCGAUGGGAGGAUUCACAGGUUCAUCGUAUGAAGGAAGUUGGUAAUGUUGCCGCAAGAAAUAAGUAUGAGGAUCGUGUACCGCCCUGCUACAGACGACCAGCUAAGAGUGAUCCUCAGGUACUCAUAGAACAGUGGAUUCGUGCUAAAUACGAGCGAGAAGAAUUUUGCCAUCCAGAACGCCAAAGCUACCUCUCUGGCUCUAUGGAAGGUUUUCUGAUGAAGAGGGGAAAAGAAGACAGCAGAUAUCAACUAAGGAAAUUUGUUCUAAAUGAAAACGAGGACACUUUAAAGUAUCAGCGCCCUACUGACGCUUGUUCUGGUGCAACGGGUUGUCUUGGCCGUUUAUUCAAUCGGCUACGACUCAAAAACUAUCGUUUGAGCGGCAGGUACCACGUAAAAGAGAACAAGGAACCCAAGGGCAUCCUAAAGUUGUCUGAACUUAACGUUUCUUUCGCCCCAGCGAAGAUCGGUCACAUGAAUUCUAUGCAGCUCACAUUUAUGAAGGAAGGCUCAACUCGACACAUCUACGUGUAUCAUGAGGACGCCGAAGUAAUUAAUUGCUGGUACACAGCCAUCCGAUGCGCCAAACUCCAUCUUUUACAAGUGGCUUUUCCCUCAACACCACAAUCAGACCUGCUCCAACGUCUACCGAAAGACUUUGCUCGUGAAGGCUGGCUUUGGAAGACGGGACCCAGGGCAUCAGAUGUCCACAGAAGAAGAUGGUUCACGUUGGACAACAGGAAACUGAUGUACCACGACGAACCACUAGACGCCUACCCAAAGGGGGAGAUAUUUAUCGGCCACGAGUCAACUGGGUACCACAUCAAAGUAUCGAACACAGGCAACGGUUGUAAAGAGGCGAGAUUCCCCUUCUAUCUGGUGACUCCAGAGCGGACAUUCUGCCUUGCUGCAGCCACUCAUGAGGACCGAGCUGGCUGGUUAACGGUCAUUCAGCAUACGCUUAAACGGCCCCUCACACCUCAGGAUUCUACCAUUGAGGCAACACUGGUUAGAAAAAGGACGACAUCGAACUCUAUCAGCAUAUUUUCAGGAAGGUAGUUAUGUUGUACGAAAAUUAAUAUAAGCAAUACUUUAGUGGUUGUAGACAGCCGGAAUAAUUAAGCAAUAAUUUGAUUUAUAAAACUAAUGUUUCUGGCAACUGCAACAACACAGUGAUUCAGAUAUCGUACGACUGAUGAUAUUAGUCGUAUACAUACUUAUUGACAUUUUUAAUUUAUGAGAUAAAAUAUUUAUUCCGGUAUUGUUUUUACAUUUGUAAAUAAUUUCGCAGUAUGAAUUUAUAACGUUAAUAUUAAUUUAUAAUGAAUGUUGUAAAUUAUUUGAUAUGUAAUUUAGUGACGGACUGAAUCUACUGAGUUUUAUGUAUGGUUAUUAUUUAGAUUCACAGAUUAAAUAUGAUUCGUUUUACUAUAUUGUACUUGAAAAGAUGUCAAUAGCAUAUACAUAAUAAGUUAUAAAUAAUGGCAGUAAAUAAUAAUAUCUUGAUGUUGUACACUAAGUAUUGUGUAUUUGACGGUAAUGUUAAUUAUUAAUUAAAAAAAGUAUCUUUCACGUAUAUUUAUCCAAUUUAAGUAAUAAAAUACAUCCCUUUUUAACAACGCACAAAAACAUUUUCUCGAAAUAAUUCUAUAUUGACAGUUCUAUAUGGCAGCUACAUAUUAUGUAUAGUGAAACGAAAACAGAAAAUUUAUGGUUAAGAUUCCUUUAACACGUUUGUGUCAAGGUACAACAGCAGGGCUAUUUUAUAUUUCAGUGAUUCAAAGAGUCGACUCACAACUCUAUGUUUAAAUUAUGUGGGUUAAAACAAUGACGCCAUCUCAUAUCACUAUUUUUAAUGAUGUUAAAUGCUUAUUGUGAUAUUUAGUAUAAUAUGUAUAAAUAUAUUAUACUUUACAUUAUUUAUACCAUUUUGCCAAAUAGUUAACCUAUUGUUGGGUUGCGUUAUCCAAGUUUUUGUUGUAGUUCAGCAUAUCACGUUAACAAAAAGUUUUCAACUGAGAUACUUAGUAGCCCUGCUCAUCAACGAUUUUACGGAGAGCAAAUUCUUCAUUCCUUGACUUUAUUUUAUUUAACGUCACCACCAAAUACGGUAUACAAAAUUAUUCUAACGUUUAAGAUAUUUAUUAAUUAAUUUCCAUAGAUGCAACCACAGAAAUAGUAUCAAGAAUAUCGUAUCGUAAUCUGAUACGAUAUAGCAUACGAUACGAUAUGUAUCAAACUGUUACUGUCAGUAACAAAACCAUUUUUCUUACAAUCUCGAUUGUAAUUGCUCUCUUUCAUUACAAGACGUUCUACAGGGAAUAUAACUUAAAUUUUUGAAAUAUAAAUCUUAUAUAGUACGCUAUAGCAAUAAUUAAUAUUAAUAAAUCCAAUGUAUUCCCUGUCACAAUUAUGUAGUGAAUUAUUUAUUUAUUGUGUGUGUGUAAUCGCAGAGUGAAAUUGUGUAUUAUUUAAUUAAAUCAAAAAUACUAAGCUAAUGUUAUUUUCUCGUUGAAGAUUUGCAUGCGAAAUAUUUUAAAUUGCUUAAAGCGUCUGAAUGGUUUGACAGCUAUACAUUUGUUUGUAACAAAUUUAAUUAUGAAUGAUAAAUAAUGAGUUAAACAUACUAAGCAUUAGAUAUAAAAUAGGAUAUUAAAGCUAGGAGACUGCCAAAAACAUGGUAGAAAUAAUAUUUUAUUUAUAUUUUUAUGCGAGUAUACUAUCGGAUUUGAUAAUACAGGAUGUUUGAUGGUGUGAAUGAAAUUCAACUGUCUGUGCUUUUGUUUGGGCAGUAAAACUUAGAUUAAGCCUGCGCUGGAUAAAAUUCAUUUGAAAUUGGAAUCAAAAUGGCGACGGAUAGCGUUCGUGGCGUGUCUAGCGUUACCAUGGUUAUGGGUCGUUACCAUAGUAACGCAACAGUAGCUCAACCGUGUUUUUCAAAGUUUUAAAGCUUUCGUAUGAGCUCUAAUAAUUUAGGAUAAAAGUCAAAGUCAAGAUUUAGCGCGAACUCGAAUGUCAAACACGUUACUUUGCGUUUAAUACUCUGUAUUUGUAGGGCUCUUGAGUCAUUAGUCCAGUUUGGAGAAAUGGUCGUAAAUAUAGAAGGAUUGACAUUGACAAGACAAUGUUAUUUUAUAGGUAUAUAUGAAGAUGAGGUCGUAAAAGUUGAAGUUAUUUUGCAUCUAUCGUUCGUUCAUCACUCAGCUAAAAUUUGUAGUGUUAAGCGGACUAUCCCACUUAUGCAGAAAUAACUAAUCACACAGGGUAUAUUUGGUUUGUGUUUCUGAAAUAUUUAAUCUGUGACCGAAUGUGACAACGUCCUUGGCGCAAAAAUUACAAUUUACACAAAAAUUAUAUUUAAUACUAUAAAAUUACUUUGAUAGUUGAAAAUAGUACCAUUAUCAUCCAUUAGCAUGAAAGACAUAUGGAAAGACCAACUGUCUUAUAUUGAAAAUGUUUAACAAAAGCUUUUAGCUAGGCUAUUCUUUUGAGUCAAAAAAAGAACUGGAUAACCUAAAAGCCAUUCUUGCUUGAAGUUACUAAACGGGACAUUUUAUUGUUUUAUAUUCAGAUGAAAUCAUUCAAUUGUUUUUUAAUUCGGAAAUAGAUAUAAAGAGUUUACUAAAAGUUUCUUUUUAAUUUAUUAUUGUGAAGUUUCUGAUUGUACCCAUAUCUAUAUUCUAUAGGGUAGAAUGUAGCGUCUAGAUAAUGCUAGAUUUUGUAUCUGUAGAAAAACACAGGCAGAGUCCGUAUAGUAUUAUCGAUCGUUCUUUUAGCCAAUAUUCUCUUAACCAUUAAUUGCACGAAAUGUAUUGAAAAUUCAAAAAUAUUAUUAAUUGUAGACUAAAUUUUUUUAUACAGACCAAAAAGGUUGCAGGUAAGGUGUAUUCGUAUAUCCAUAGACAAAAUUAGAUUUUUAGAAAAUGUUUGUACCCUGAAAUUAGAUUUUGUAGCUGUAAAGCAAUAAUUUGUAUGAUAUUAUCAUAGUGUAUUCCUUAAAAUAGUUUUUAUAUUGACAUUGUAUAAACAUUGCGUAACUAUAAUAUUUAUUGUAAUGAUGGAGAUAGGCACCGGUAUUGUGAACAGUAAGGACAUUAAAACACUGCAUCUUUCGUCUUCUAAUAAUAGAAGACUGUCUAAGAAAAAAAUCUGAAUCUGAAUUUAUACACAAAAAAUAGUUAAACAUUUAUUUAUAAUUAUUCAGUCAAGAUUAAAAAAAUAUUUUGACAUAUCGAAAAUUGACAGGUUUCUAUUGUCCCUACUGUAUUCAUUAUCUGUGGUGUAAGCGUGAAAUAGGGAAUCAUCGCUCUAGUUAAUUUUAGCGUAAUUAUUUAAUGAAAUUUACCAAAAUGUUGCCUCGCUUAAGUUACAAUCAUGAUUUAUUAGUUCUUAACUCAUUUGUGUGCUCUGGCAUAAUAUUAUUAUGAUUAAAUAUAUUUAUGUCAACUGAUAUAACAUUCACAAGA